CCCGCGUCCAACUCUACACAAAUACCAAUCAUCACUUCACUGUCCCUCGCCUUCUUGUUCUGCUUUCCAACCUUCGAUCUCGAUCUUCCUCUCUCGCUUCUAGUAGCACUCUUCCCUCGCGUGCUUCGAACCUUCCUUCUUGGACUCGUGUUCUUGAUAGAAAGUGGGAGUCUGAUGGCGCAGACGAGCGUGGCGGUGGUGCCGGAGGUUGGCAUGGCGGCAGCGGCAACGGCGUGCCCCUGCCCGGGGCCGGGGACGCUGUACCCGUACCCGCCGCCGCGAGCCGGGAUGGCCGUGCGCCGGACGUGCCUGCGGGCGGCGCAGGCGGAGCUCGGGGCCGGGCUGCUCAACGGGCUGGUCGAGUCCAUGCGGGCGUCGUCGCCCACGCACGCCAAGGCCGCCGCGGCGCUGGCAGCCGGCGUCGAUGACGAGCACGCCGCAUGGAUGGCGAGGCACCCGUCGGCGCUGGGAAAGUUCGAGGAGAUCGUGGCGGCGUCCAAGGGGAAGCAGAUCGUCAUGUUCCUGGACUACGACGGCACCCUUUCCCCCAUCGUUGACGACCCGGAAGCCGCCUUCAUGAGCGAGACGAUGCGGAUGGCCGUGCGCAGCGUGGCCAAGCACUUCCCGACGGCGAUCGUGAGCGGCCGGUGCCGCGACAAGGUGUUCGAGUUCGUGAAGCUGGCGGAGCUCUACUACGCCGGCAGCCACGGCAUGGACAUCAAGGGCCCGGCCAAAUCCUCUUGCGGCCACGCAAAGUCCAAGGCUAAAAGAGUUGUCUUCCAACCAGCAAGCGAGUUCCUGCCCAUGAUAGAAGAGGUGCAUCAACGCCUCAUCGAGGAGACGAGCUGCGUGCCCGGUGCCAAGGUGGAGAACAACAAGUUCUGCGUGUCCGUCCACUUCAGAUGCGUCGACGAAAAGAGUUGGGGUGCGCUGGCGGAGACAGUGAAGGGGGUGCUGCGGGGCUACCCUCGGCUGCGGCUGUCGCAGGGGAGGAUGGUGUUGGAGGUGCGGCCCACCAUCAAGUGGGACAAGGGCAAGGCCCUGGAGUUCCUGCUGGACUCGCUGGGCUUCGCCGACUGCGCCGACGUGCUCCCCGUCUACAUCGGCGACGACCGCACCGACGAGGACGCCUUCAAGGUGCUGCGCCGGAGGGGCCAGGGCGUCGGGAUCCUCGUGUCCAAGCACGCCAAGGACACCAGCGCCUCCUACUCCCUGCAGGAGCCCGCCGAGGUCAUGGAGUUCCUCCUGCGCCUCGUCGAGUGGAAUCGCCUCCUCUCCCGGCGCGCCCGAUUGGCGCUACCACCGGCUGGAGUACCUGGACGCCGAAAUUAAUCAAUGGCUGAACACAGACGGAAACCACCGGGAUUAACCGCCCGAGUGAUCUCCAUUCACGUGCAUGUAAUUUAGUAUACUUAUAAGUUCCCGCGGCUCAUCCGGACAGGGGCCUAAGGCCGAAUUAACGGAUGGCUAGCUAGCUGCGGCGCCUGCUCGUGUGGAAGAAUGAAAUAACGGAGAGCAGUCUGAGUAAAUACUAUCAGCAAACAAUUGAACAGAGUCUUGUUUCAUCU